AUCACUUCAUGCACAUCUCGACCGUGUGAGACGCACGGAACCACUCGUGGGUCAGGCUGGAUUUAAAAAGCUCCAGCGAGGAGACGAGACGCUGCUGGAUCAUGUCCUCAGCUGACUCCUCUGCACCUCUGCUCGGAGUUCAGCUGCCCGUGUGACGUGGUCGUGUUUGAGUAGAAGAGUCACCCAGAGGCAGCGAGCUCCCAGGAUGCUGCAGAACAUGUUGAGGUUGCUGAGUCAGAGACUCUGUGGCAGCACAGAGUGCAAACCUGCCGACUCACCGCUGCCAGCAGAGAAACAAACUCCAGAGCACUGCAGGGACGUGGACGCUUCUCCUCAGGGAGCGACUGCAGACUCGUCCCACAGGAAAGAAACCGGCAGCAGUGAGGUUACUGAGAAGACCGCAGCAUUAAUCAUGGUGGAGCCACCUGCAGGACAGAAAAUAGUGAAAGCCGGGGACAAAGACCUGGACGGACAGUUGGACUUUGAGGAGUUUGUUCAUUAUCUCAGAGACCAUGAGAAGAAACUCCGGCUCGUCUUUAAGAGUCUGGACAAGAAGAACGAUGGUCACAUCGACUCACAGGAAAUAAUGCAGUCUCUGCGAGACCUGGGCGUGAACAUCUCUGAGGAACAGGCGGAGAAGAUUCUCAGAAGAAUAAGGAGGGGUCAUGCCUGGACCCCUGUCUUGUAUAUGGAUAAAAAUGGAACCAUGACGAUUGACUGGAACGAGUGGCGAGAUUAUCACCUCCUGCAUCCAGCAGGAAACAUUCCUGAGAUCAUCCUCUACUGGAAACACUCCACGAUCUUUGACGUCGGUGAGAGUUUAACGGUUCCUGAUGAGUUCACGGCAGAAGAGAAGAAAACUGGAAUGUGGUGGCGACACCUAGUGGCUGGUGGAGGAGCUGGAGCGGUGUCUCGAACCUGCACAGCUCCACUGGACAGGCUGAAAGUUCUCAUGCAGGUUCACGCCUCCAAGAGCAACAGCAUGCACAUCUCUGGGGGCUUCACCCAGAUGAUCCGUGAGGGGGGUGUCAGGUCGCUGUGGAGAGGCAACGGCAUCAAUGUCAUCAAAAUCGGCCCCGAGUCUGCGAUC